AUGCAGACCUCUGCUCAGGACCAUGCGGACCAGGUCCUGCAUGAUCAGCUUUUAGCUGCCCAGCACCACCUUCAGGGUGGUCGCCCGCAGGGCGCCCCUGGUCAGCAGCAGCAACUCCAGCCAAACAAUGCUAGCCCUCGCGACCAAGGCAAUAUUGAUCCUGCAAUUUCAGGCUCCAUGCUUGGAGCCCCCCAAACCCCUACCCAGCCUCAGGGAUCUCCUCCUUCUGAUGGUGGCUCCAAGAGCUAUGGCAAGCGUGAGCUGUCCACCUCCAAGCGCGCUGCCCAGAACCGUGCUGCCCAGCGCGCCUUCCGCCAGCGCAAGGAAACCUACAUUCGUAAACUUGAAGAAGAAGUAAAGAACAUUGAAAACUUCAAAGACACAGUGAAACAGCUGGCCGGCGAGAACUACCAGCUCCGCGAGUACAUCAUCAACCUGCAAUCGCGGCUCCUGGAAUCCCAAGGCGAAGUCCCCGAGCUACCAGCAAACAUCGACCUGACGCAAUCUCGCACUGCCGAGAUCGCCCUCGCCGCAGCCGGCGUCCAAAGCACCGGCUCAUCUUCUGUAGCCCCCUCGGCCCCACAGCAGGGCCAGCAGCAAACCAGCGUGACCGACGACAUGAACUCGCUGAACCGGAUCGCCGUCGCAGGCUUGGGCAUGCGCAAGCACCCCGACGAAACUAACUUCCUCGGCAACAACUUCCAGCAGAAUAAGCGCGUCCGCACCGACGACAGCCAGGGCGAUGGCUCGGACUCCGUUGGCAAGCAAGAGUCUCACACCCACGGUCUCCCCAUGGUGAACUAA